CGAUCAUAUGAGCACCAUCCGUCGCAGCACCCAUACAUACCGGUAUCCCCUGCACCUGCCGAGUCGACAUCCUCGCUACUAGCUGCAACUGAACGCCCGCACGCCCAUCCCAUCGAUUCGCUUGCAUCCUGCAACGCAACGCAACGCACGCAUCCCAAAGCCUCACCGGUGCCCGGUCAUACCCAGCAGCAGCAGCAGCGCGACGGGAACGAAAACACCCGCCUCGAGCAGAGCAGAGCAGAGCAACCCCCCAUCGCCAACCUCCCACCUCCCACCACCGCCGAUAUCGCCACCACUACCGUGAUCGCGACCCGCGACCGCGACGAUGUCGUUACAACCGCAUGCGAUGCCGCCCAGCAAACUCGGGCUCGGGCUCGGGCCCGGGCUCUCGCCGCAACCGCAACGCGCGCACUCCGACUCACGGCAAGCUCCUGCCUCGCAGCAGCAGCAGCAGAGUCAGUUCGCGAACAUCCUGCCGAUAAUACCUUCCAUGUUCCACGCCGUUCUAUGCCAAACCGCAGACGUCUUCAACAGCCCGGCGCGCCACCACGGUCGCUCGAUAAUCUACACGAACGCGCAGCUGGGCACGUCGGUGCCGGCGCUGCAGGAUCGCUUUCAUUACGCGUUGGAUGUGCUAGAAGCCGAUAUUAUGGGCGCGAAGAUGGUGAUUCAUCGGGACUACAGGCGGCGGGUUGCAGAAAGGGAGAAGGCGGAGGCAGAAGCGGAAGCAGAGGCGGUGGAGGCCGGAAGGCUGGAGGAUGGGAAUAAGGAGAGCGAGGAGGCGGAGAAGGCGGAGCCGAGAAAGGGCAACAGGAGAAGGUGGAGAAGGACAAGGCGCUGCAGGACAAGCUAGACUGGGAGAGGGCCAACAAGGAGAAGGCGGAGAGGAAGCUGAGGGAGAAAGCGGAGAAGGAGAAGGCCGACAGGGAGGUUGAGG